UCAGCAUAAUUUUUCUAAUAUUUAGAGGCAAUGGUCUUGGUCCGUCGUAAUGCCAAAUUACACCAGUAAAUCACUUCUUGUCUCCUUUUUUUUGAAUUUUUUCAAAGAAAGUUUUCAAAAUGUUUGCAUAUUGUUAUACCUAAUUUGUAAUAGUUUCAGGACACAAAAUUAUUUUUGUUACUAAUAUCGUUGCUAUGCUGUAAAGAAGCAAAAAAGUUCUUCGGAGUGCUCCACGAUUAAGGCUUCGCACAUCAGUAUCAGAACCCUGUCCUCUUCUGCAGCUUCCAUCAUGCAUCGCUAGAGUUAAACUGGAGAAAGCGUACCACCAAAAGUCAGCAAAAGAGGUACCCCAAGCGGGGAUGGCUUUUAGCUGGACGCUUUACAAUGGCGCUCAAGUUUUGGUUCCUCCAAAGAUAGCGCCGACACCUGAUCGAUUACAGACGACAUUUGGCAGGACGUUUUAGCAGUUAUUAAACUUCUAUUAUAAAGCAACUCGAAUGGCCGAGCAUGACGUGCACCAUAACGUUAACGGACACGAGCCGGGUCAUGAUCAUCAUCCGGAAAACGGUUUGGAGGAAAUUGUGGACGCCGUGAAGACGUUUGUACGCGACAUCGGAGAUACGAUAACCGGUACCGAGCAUCAUUCGGGAAGCAAACCGGCUUCCAGACGCGAAAGCGUAAAUGAGCACCAGGAGCGUCGUGCGAGCGUACCGGACAAAGGUCACCACGAAGGAAGUCAUGAAAACCAUCAUGAACAGGUUGCUUUAACGCAUUCCGGUUCGCGCCGGGAAAGUCUGGCUAAAGGUCAUCCUGAGGACAGUUACGGAAGCCAUCAUGAAGAAGUUGUUACAGACCAUGCUGGUUCUCGCCGAGAAAGCCUAGCUAAAAGUCACCAUGAGAGCAAUCACGAGAGCCAUCAUGAAGAAAUUAUUACAGGGAAUUCCGGCUCGCGCCGAGAAAGCAUGGUCAAGGAGCACCCGGCAUCACGACGGAGCAGUCGCGCGGAUGAAACCACCCACGUCCGCAGUGACGAUCAGCCAGCGGCUGCCAACGAACAUGGGAUAGUCGAGUCGGCGUACAUUGCAGCCCGCGAUGGGAUCAACGACAUUGUGGAAGCGGUGGAGACUUUUGUCCGCGAUGCCACCGGGUCAUCCGACGACCAUAGCCACGCCGACCACCACGCGCCAUCCGAGGAUAUCGUCGGAGUAUCGACUGACCACGCCCAUGAUGAGCAUCAUGCGUCACAGGAGCGGCGCCGCUCAAGUGUCGCCGAUGGAUACAGCGGCCACGCCCAAGCACCGGAAACGGAAACGCAGGUUCGAUCCGAUCACGAAAUGACGUUCGACGUCAAAGACGACGGGCAGAUUGCCUGGAAUAAAGAAACAGCGGAGCAGCUCCAUCACACAGUGGAGCUCGGUCAAGAGGACGCUUUUGUCGUGCACGGCAACGGUCGCAUCGAGUGGCCACAGUAUGACGAGCGUGUCGGCGACAGUCUACAUGGCAUCGAGGCUAUUAUGGCCAGCGCAACGCUGGCGUCGGAACCGGCUCCGGAUAAUCAUAUUCCGGAAAAGUACAUUACGGAACGCCGCCGCUCUAGUGUGGCUGACGGCUACCACGGACAAGGGUCACUGACCGAACCGGAUUCCGGCAUGGCUAUGCCGCCACCGCUAAUGGAACCGCCGCUAGCGGUCGGCUGCCCGGCCGACAUGUUUAUAGGUCGCACGGUGGAAGAAUACCGCCCGCCUGGUUUCCAUCAGGAAUUCCAUCAACCAUGGUACCGGGAAACUAAUGUCCGGGAUGAUGUGGAUGAGAAGCAUUGCGCUAUCUGUUCGGAGGUCAUCAAUGAUGACCGGCAUUUGGCGCUGCAUGAUAAGCACUUCCAUCGCAACUGCUUCGAUAGCGUGUAUUCGGGAACGUGCUGCGCUUGUAAUAAGCAUAUCCAUUUAACGGAGGAAUCGGUGAGUGUGGGAGCGUUGCAACGAGAUUGGCACGUGGACUGCUUUAAAUGCCAUUUAUGCCAGAACCGGAUCACCGGCAGUUUCCAGUUGCCGAACGACGGACCAAUGUGCGAUAACUGCUAUCGGGAUAAAUUUGCGCCUCACUGUGCAGCAUGCAAUGGUUAUAUCGAAGGCGACAAACUGAAGGCCAUGUCAACGUACUAUCAUCCCAGCUGCUUUGUGUGCGUGGUUUGCGGAGAUGCUUUGUAUACAAUGGGAACCGGCAUGGAAUACUUUAACGUGGAAGGCAAACCCUAUUGUCGAAAAGACGUCGAAGAAGCCCACAUCCAAGUGAUGUGAAGCACUGACGAGAGGUUUAACUACAAGGAUAAAGCAACGUUUAAUUUCCUGUGGUAAUAACCGAUGGUUUACCUCGUAACAGCGGUUAUUACUGUAAUUUAACACCAGAUAACGGUAAAUGUAGCGAAAAUAAAUUAAAACUGUCGUGUCUGUGCAGCUGUGUGACCGGAAAUGCUUUUUCCCAAACGCUUCCUUGCGUGGUGUUGUUUCUGCUUUAUUGUUGUACAUAAUAUACGAAGGAAGUCGGUCUCUGCUAGUCGGUGGAGUCACUGCAGUGUGAAAAUACUUGUACAAUUUAACACUAAUCGCGCUUGCUUUUCGAGAAAGUGUCUGUCAUUAACAUUAAUUAUUCGCGGGAAAAAGUCAGUAACAAAAUCAGGUGCUACCCUAC